UAUUGUUCGGUGUGUUGGGAAGAGAAACGCAUCCGAUACUGACAAGUCUUCUUCAAGAGGCGCAUCCUUGGAAAACCAACAGGGAGAAUUUAAAUUGUCCUACAGUUAGAAAGAAGGACAUUCCACUCUGAAGCUGUUGAGAUUUUGAAGAAGGUAAAUGAAGACCACAGUUUGGUUGACAAACAGGAGGAGCUUGGAAAACUCUUAGAGAACUAUCACACCUGAAGAGGUUUCCUGAGCAUUUCAGGAUCAACUGAGCUUCUCGGGACCCCUUUCGAGAAGACGCUGGUUGAUCUGAGAACAACGGCCCGACUUUAGAACCGUUUCAGUGAACGUCCACCCCUUGGAAAACAUCUCCAACAUCAGCAGAAUGUCACGAGCCUCUGAAGAAUGAGUUGAGCGAGAGCAGGAACAAGCACCGUUUCAAAACAGGAUCUUCAAAAAAAACUUUCGCUCCCUAAUCCCGACUUCAAGUCUCUAGAAGAGAGUUAUUGUAAUAAUAGUUGAAAACGACGUCAAUAACCCUCGGUUCUUUAAGUGCUCAGUAACCGCCGCCAUGCUUAACAGUGCCGCACAAGUGUCUGUGAUGAAGGUGGGGGUGAUGAUGAUGAUGCUGUUGAUAGUGGUGUUUCUUGGGACGGGAGCCAAGGCAGCACCCACAGAGAGAGGCUUUGUAAAACCUCCUCCCAGUCCCACUCAUGCAGAGAAGUAUUCAGGACUAAACCCAGGCCAGUACCUGAAGCACUGGCUUCGGAAUACCAGGGCAGCCGGAGUGGAUGGGACAACCAGAAUCUCUGACAAAACCACAACGAGGACUAUGACUGCUGGGAGCAGGGGAGCAGGGAGAGGAAGGAGCAACCUUGCGACAGCCGGUCCAGAUAAACAAGCCCAGAUGCUGAAGAUGAUCUCAGCCCUGGAGGAGCUGGAAAGAACUUAUAACAGCACCCUCAGCUCACGGAUCACCAUCAUACCACGAGCAAACGGCAGAAAUUCAGGAAGAAGAAAUAAAGUGCCUCCUGCUCCUGAAAGUGGGGUGAAGCCCACCACUGCGGCCCCGGCAGCAGUCGACACUACUGCCUCGAGAGCCAGCAUCAUCCCCCGUCCUCUGACUGGUCGAAAUUUUAAAAAGUCCCUUGCACCGCAGACCAAGAAGCCCAACAAAAGAGUGUGUUUCUGGAAGUACUGCUCCCAGAACUAAUCGUCUCUCAGCCAGAUGACCACCCCUACGCUGGCCUCCAUUCUCUUAUCCCACACCUUCUAUCACUUUCUCACGUCCACCUGACCAUCAAUCCGUGCAUCCAAAAGAUCUCACCCAAACUCCCCCAUAAUGGUUAGAUGCUGUUUAAUUGAAUGCAUCUGGUCGGACACUGGCCGUUAUCGCGAAUGAUCCUGCACAUCCUACACAAUGUACAUGACACAGCACAGAGGUGAACCACACCCAGGGUUGCCAACUCUUUUCAAAUGAAAGUAGAUCUAGUGGUAGUAGUAACAUUCAAUCUAGCGGGGAGGUCUUCAAGUCAGCAACAGGGACAGCUGUCCCUUCAGCCCUCCCUUCAACAAAGCAUUCCCCAAAUGAUCCUUUCUGAACACAUACGACCAACAUGGCUGUUUUUAGCACUCACCGCUGUAUAUAAGCUUGGUGACUGUGGUUAUGAGCAGUGAUGGGAUGCCUCUGUUCUACAGCCAGGUGUACGAAAAUUGAAAAUUUGAAUUCUUGAAAAUUCAAGAAAUAUAUUUACAUAAGACUGCAUAUUGAACAAGCGAAAUCAACUUCUACUCUCCGUAAUUUGUUAUAGAUGCACACACAGUGGUUUGAUGGAGAUUUUAAGGUUUCAGUGACGAUUUAGAGGAAUUGAUUCCUUGAUUGAAAAUGUCAAUUCUAAUGACGUUAUGGUACGCAUAAUGCUCAAGCGAGCAUAUCACCCUAGCCUAGCUUAGCGGCUCUGUGCUUUGAAUGGGGCUGCGUUUAAACCCUUAUCCAAGCUAAACGACUCAUUCAUAUUUCCUCAACUUUUGUAAACAGACCCUGCUAAAGUGAAUCAGUAAAGAGAAAUGGUUCAUUUAGUGAUUUGAGAAUGUUGUAUUUUAAUUUAAUGUGGUGAUUGUUAAUCAAAAUACUUGUUAUUGGCAGGUCCAAAAAAUAUAUAUAUCAGCAUCGGUGCAGGCCUCCAGAAGCUCAUACUGCUUUAUCCACCUAGCCAUCCAUUUCUUCAUCUCUUCAUCCCUCCAUUCCCUAUAUCCCUUCAUCCAGUCUCUUCCUGUCUAUUCACACCGGCGACAGCCUCGACUUGGACCCUUUCCUUCACUCCUUAAUUAACAAGACUGACCAAUUAAAAGAAGACGAUGUCCACUUUUGUCUGGACACAUGAACCAACAUCCCUGUUAACCCAUCCUCUUCCUUAUAAGACAGACACACAUUGUGUAAUGUAUGUGCGCGGCAACUUUGAAAUAAAGUUCAUUUCUAGCAUGAAAAAAAAGCAU